AUGAGUGGCAUAUCGAAUUUAUUGAAUUCAGAGGAUUUAGUGAAUGCUCCCAAGAAGACAAUUGCACAUUUUUCAGACGGAGAUACCACUAAGGGUGCAAUCACUCCACCACAUACAUCAUCGUUACAAUCGUCACCACAAUUGCCUUCAAUUUCAGAAUCAGAAUCAGAAGUAUCUACACAAUCAAAGACAAGUUAUAAGCCUUUAGUGAGGUUAAGAGAUCGACUUCCUAAAUCGAAAGUUAACAAGAACAUACUUGCCUCAAAGAAAUUUGUCAAACUAGCGAUUCGAAGAAAAUACUCGACCAAGAAAACGAAAACUGAUACCAAACAAUCUAAACUACAUAUAAAAUCUUUAAAGGCUGGCAUCAAAGUGAAAAUGACUUUAUCGAAAAACUUGUUUUCGUUGUACCAUUGCUUGAUACCAUUUACAGACGACCGCACAAUGUAUACUUUAUUUAAAGAUGAAAGCAGCAUAAACCAAAUGACCAAUCUUAACCUGUCAGUAUCCGAAAAGACUUUGAUUUCUCGAGGAUUGCAAUUAAUUAAUAAUAAUGUGGUUGAUUUAAAUGAUUAUUCAAACAAGUUAAUAAGAUCAUUUACAAGUAAGGGAAACAACUCUACUCCAACGUUUAACUCAUUGGAUACUGCCCUCAACACAUUGUUUGAAACCAAGAACUUUACUUUGGUUAGAAUAACCCGUUCGACAACUGAUGAUGUCCAUGGCAGCUCUAUUCUAAAGUUGGAAACUGCUACCCCUGGUGAUUUCAAUUUAAUUGACGAUGAGGAAAAUGGAGACGAAAUGUUGCAUAGUCUAGGAAAGGACGGGGAAGUACCCAAUAAUUUGUUUUUCAAAAAAAUUAUUGCUAGACCAAGGUACAAAUCCAAUAUGAAGAUUUAUUUUAUCCCUGAAGUUGCAAAUUAUUCAUUAUAUACCGAUGAAAGAAUGCUUGAACGAGACUUGUACAAUGGAAUAAUUCAAUUAGAAUUUGAAAAUAAUGAUUUGAAUGAUUUAAGUGUUAAACGAUCUAAAGGGUACUCAAGAAAUGUUUUUUGUUCUUUUUGUUAUGAUGGGGUGUUACGAGAUUACAAGAAAUCUUUAUUAGAGAAUGAUAUUGCCGAAGUGUCUCCAUCGAAUGUUCAAUUCAUGAAAUCAUUGACUAAUACGCAUGCAUCUUUGCAACCACCAACAUUACCGGCAGCAAAUGCUCUUUUCCCACAAGCACCAAAACUCCAGCAAUCACCAUCCAAUCAAAGAGCACAAUCAAUAGAUGAUACUAUGAUGGUUUCUUACAAUGACCAACACUAUCCACCUUAUCGUUCAAGUAUUCCUUUGAAUAGACGACCAAGUUUACCUAUGCCCAAGCCACCGCCUGCCUUUAUUCAACAGCCUCAAGCAUUUGAUGUUGUUGCAACCAAUACAGUUCCUUCUAUGAUUCCUUAUCCAGCAACUGUCCCAAAUACUCUCCCUUUGAUGAAUUUUAAACAAUUGCUCCCUCCACAUCAACACCAAUUCCAACAAGAGCCACAAUUAUUACAACAGCAGCAUUUCCCAAACCACCACCAACACCAAUAUCCCACACCACCACCUCACGUACAACUACAACAACCUGUAAUAUUACCACAAACUCCUCGUUCCUCAUCUGUGAAAGAUGGGGUUUUGGGAUUAUUAAGACCAAUCAAUGAGAGAAAAUUUCAACUGUAUCAGGAUAUGGUUGAUAAACAAUACAUGUCUAUCCCAGAAUAA